GGGUAAUGCCACCAAGCACUACACUUCCAUGUUCUCCCCAAAACGUUGACAAUUGUAUUAAACCAACAACAAAAGCUCCGAUUUUGACUUGAAAGCCAUGAGAUUGAGAUCUCUGAGGCAACACCCUUCUCCAAUCUGGGUCUGAAUUCAUCUCUACAAUGAUGGGUGGAGUUGACUUUGCAUUGUGGGUGGUUCUGCUUCUGGGUUUGUGUGUUAAUGGCGGGUCGGAAAUGGCGCCGGGUCGGAGGGUCCAUACUCUGUUCUCGGUGGAGUGCCAGGACUACUUCGACUGGCAGACUGUGGGACUCAUGCACAGCUUCAAGAAGGCAAAGCAACCCGGCCCGAUUACCCGGCUGCUGAGCUGUACCAAGGAAGAGAGGAAGAAGUACAAAGGCAUGCAUUUGGCUCCUACUUUUGAGGUGCCUUCUAUGAGUAGGCACCCCAAGACUGGUGACUGGUACCCUGCCAUUAACAAACCUGCUGGAGUUGUGCACUGGCUUAAGUAUAGUGAAGAAGCUAAGAAUGUUGAUUGGGUUGUGAUACUGGAUGCAGACAUGAUCAUACGGGGGCCGAUUGUUCCUUGGGAACUUGGUGCCGAGAAAGGCUACGCUGUGGCAGCAUACUACGGGUAUUUAAUUGGAUGCAAUAAUAUUCUGGCUCAAUUGCAUACAAAGCACCCAGAAUUUUGUGAUAAAGUUGGUGGGCUCUUAGCAAUGCAUAUAGAUGAUCUUCGAGCAUUGGCACCUAUGUGGCUUUCAAAAACAGAAGAGGUGCGAGAAGAUAGAGCUCACUGGGGAACUAAUAUAACUGGUGACAUUUAUUCAAGCGGAUGGAUCAGUGAAAUGUAUGGAUACUCUUUUGGUGCAGCAGAGGUUGGUCUCCGGCACAAAAUAAAUGAUAACUUGAUGAUCUAUCCAGGAUAUAUUCCACAAGAGGGUGUUGUGCCUAUUCUUCUUCACUAUGGCUUGCCAUUUAGCGUGGGAAAUUGGUCCUUUAGUAAAUUAGAUCACCAUGAAGAUGGAAUUGUUUAUGAUUGCGGCCGUCUCUUUCCUGAACCUCCUUAUCCAAAAGAGGUUAAACUGAUGGAACCAGAUGCAUAUAAAAGGCGGGGUCUCCUUUUGAAUCUAGAGUGUGUCAACACUUUGAAUGAGGGACUUUUACUUCAACAUGCAGCAAAUGGUUGCCCUAAGCCAAAGUGGUCAAGAUACAUUAGCUUUCUGAAAAGCAAAACUUUUGCUGAGCUGACUCAACCAAAACAGCUGACUGCUGCCACUUUAGGAAUUGAGGGGAAGGUACAGCAGGUUGUAGACGAACCUGCGGAGCCAUAUCCAAAAAUCCAUACUUUAUUUUCCACAGAAUGCACCCCUUACUUUGAUUGGCAGACUGUUGGACUUGUCCACAGUUUUCACCUCAGUGGACAGCCUGGAAAUAUCACGCGAUUACUCAGUUGUACUGAUGAAGACCUAAAGCAAUAUGCUGGCCAUGAUCUGGCCCCAACACAUUAUGUUCCUUCCAUGAGCCGACAUCCAUUAACGGGCGAUUGGUAUCCAGCAAUUAACAAACCAGCUGCAGUCCUUCAUUGGCUGAAUCAUGUGGAUACUGAUGCAGAGUACAUAGUGAUUCUUGAUGCUGAUAUGAUUUUGAGAGGCCCAAUUACACCAUGGGAAUUCAAAGCAGCACGUGGCCAGCCAGUUUCAACUCCCUAUGACUAUCUUAUUGGCUGUGACAAUGUACUCGCAAAGCUUCAUACUCGCCAUCCGGAAGCCUGUGACAAGGUCGGGGGUGUCAUCAUCAUGCAUAUAGAUGAUCUUCGUCAAUUUGCUUUACUAUGGUUGCAUAAAACCGAGGAAGUUCGGGCAGACAGAGCUCAUUAUGCCACAAAUAUUACUGGAGAUAUAUUUUCAUCUGGUUGGAUAAGUGAGAUGUAUGGUUACUCAUUUGGUGCAGCAGAGAUGAAAUUAAGGCAUCGCAUAAGCAGUGAGAUACUGAUAUACCCAGGAUAUGCUCCUUCACCUGGUGUAAACUACAGAGUUUUCCACUACGGUUUGGAAUUCAAAGUUGGAAAUUGGAGUUUUGACAAGGCAAAGUGGAGGAAUACUGAUGUGGUUAAUAGGUGCUGGGCUCAGUUUCCAGACCCACCAGACCCUUCAACACUUGACCAGACGGACAAUAACAUACUGCAGAGGGAUCUUCUUAGCAUAGAAUGCAUCAAGACACUAAAUGAAGCAUUAAGGCUGCAUCAUGAGAGGCGGAAGUGUCCUGACCCUAAUUCCCUGUCCAAUUCAAACUCAGAUGCACAAGAAGAACUUGUAGUAUCGAGGAAAUUUGGGAAGAUGAAUGUAAGUUCUGUUGUAGAGAGCAACCAUGAUCAAAAGAAUCAGUCUGGGGAACAUUCAGAACCUACCGAGACAGAUGGGAUGUUUAGUUCUGUCAGGUUCUGGGUUAUUGCUUUCUGGGCAUUCUGUGGCUUGGUCUUCUUGACAGUUGCAUCAGUGUUGUUUUCUGGUCGGAAAGGGAAAGGCAAAAGAGGUAAAAGUUAUAGAGUUAAGAGAAGAAAUUCGGGUUCAGGAUUCAUGGAUGUUAAUGGACGUGAUAGGCAUUUACAAGUACCAUUAUGACAUUAUUUUUGUGAGGUAACUGUUCAAUACUUCUUCAUAAGCUAAGAGGUGACCAAACUAUGAUACUGAAAGUUACAAAGCUAGACCAAGUUUCACUCUCAAAGGACAAUGAAAGUAGUUACUUUAACAAUGUUACAAAAGGUUAGAUAUAUGAAGAGGAAGAGGAGGCUGUGGAGCCAGUCAUUUUGAUAUCAAUUUGUAUCAUUUCUUCUUGU